AUGGCUAGCGGUAACGGCGAAACAAUCAACCUCGACACCCUGAGCGCCCAGCAGCUUAGCCAGGUGAAGAAACAACUCGACGAAGAACUCGAGCACCUGACGUCGUCCUUUACCCAGCUCCACGCUGCUCAGUCCAAGUUUCGCGAAUGUCUACGCUGCGUCCAGGAUAAAAAUAAGUCGCCCGCUCUACGGGAAAACAAUGCGAUCCUCGUCCCCCUUACCAACUCCCUCUACGUGCGUGGGACUCUCGCUGACGCGUCCCACGUCGUCGUCGACAUUGGCACCGGCUUUUACGUCGAGAAGGAUAUCAAAUCGGCGGCAGAUUUCUACGAGAACAAGGUGGGCGAGUUAGGAGCAAGUAUAAAGGAUCUAGAAGUAAUUGUGCAGGGCAAAACUAACAACGUACGGGUUGUCGAAGAAGUAGCUAAUACAACUCGCGAAACUAUUAGUUUUGAGGCAAAAAAUGGUCGGUGGAGCGCAGCAAACAGCACCAUCGUAAACGGCCAAGAGCUGUGA